UUGGAGGAGAGGUGAGUUCCAGGUGUUGUUCUCUCACUUUACACUACCACUACGCACUCUAAGGCGAGUUCCAGGUGCUGUUCUCUCUACACCACCACCACGCACUCUGAGGAGGGGCCGCAGGAUGGGCACCACGGGCAGCAGAGACAUCCGCAAGUACCCACUGGAAACCUUGUGUGACCACGACGGAGGUAUUAACUGUGUCGCUGCCUCUGACGAUGAGUCUAUCCUCGUCACCGGUUCUGAGGACAAGACGGCCCGAGCCUGGUCCAUUGGUGGCCCGGAAACUGAGUGUAUUGGUAUCAUGAGAGGACACACAGGCUACGUCACCUGUGUGUCAGUGUUCGACACCUACGUCAUCACAGGCUCAGCCGACAACACCCUCAGGAAGUGGGACAUCAUCACCUGUGACUGUCUCUACACCUACUAUGGUCACACGUCGCGGGUGACCAGAGUGUUGUGCACGGGAGAGUAUGUGAUGAGUACGUCACAGGACAACACUGCCAAGGCUUGGUACAUUGACGACGAGGACAUCGAGGACCACGACGAGAACUCUGUCUGCAUCAAAACGUUCGAGGGCCACACUGGAGGUAUCUACUGCCAAGUGAUCAUCCCGGGGGAACCAGUGGAAGACGUGAUGGGUGCAGGAGAUGUGCUCAUCACCGGCAGUAUGGACUGUACUGCACGAUCAUGGCUCUUCACUACCGGUGCCUGUCUUAAGAAGUUUGAGGGACACACAGGGUGUGUGAGCAGCAUGAGCACUGACCUGACCGCCAGGAUCCUCUACACUGGUAGCGCAGACAGCACGCUACGUAGCUGGGACAUCGCUACAGCUACCUGCUUCAGGGUGUUCCAGGGUCACCCUAGUCACGUAGUGUGCUUGGUGGCGAUGAAGCAACUGGUCUAUAGCGGUGACGGCACCGGAGUUGUCAAAGUGUGGGAGGCAGGCUCCGGGGACGUGGUACCCAAGAAACCCAUCCCUGGCCGGAAACCUCUCACCGUGGAACCCAUUACCACCUUCUCCGGCCACACCAACACUGUCAACUGCCUCAGAUUCCACAAAGGCAUAUUGUACACGGGGUGUAGCGACAACAUCAUACGAGCCUUCGACGUAACAAGCAAGGAGAUGCGGGCAGCGUACCUGGGACACAAGAUCGGUGUCAACUGCUUGAUGGCGUGCAGGAACAAACUGUAUUCUGGCUCCAACGACACUACCAUCAUGGUCUGGGACCUCGCUAAACGCAGUAAUGAAAUGGAUUUAUUAGAAACCAGCGAUGAUGACGACGACGACGACGACGAUGACGAUGAUGAUGAUGAUGACGACGACGAGAAAAAGGAUGACAAAAAUGAAGAUAACAAGUAAAAGAACUAAGCGAAGCACUGG